CGCUGCCUAGCGACGGGAGUGGAGAAAGUGUGCGCGCGUGCGGAAGUGCGAGAGGGUGUGUGCGCGCGCGGAGCCAGCACGCGGAGGUAACAUGGCGGAUGAUGAGAAGCUGCCAUCGGGGUGGGAGAAGCGGAUGAGCCGCAGCUCAGGACGGGUGUACUACUUUAACCAUAUUACCAAUGCCAGCCAGUGGGAACGGCCAACAGGACCUGGUGACGGCAAAGGUGAACCGGAGAAAGUGCGCUGCUCCCACCUGCUGGUGAAACACAACCAGUCCCGUCGCCCAUCGUCAUGGCGUGAGGAGCACAUCACACGUACCAAGGAGGAGGCCCUGGAGCUCAUACAGCAAUACAUUGAGAGGAUCAGGUCUGGAGAAGAGGAGUUUGAGAGUCUCGCCUCCCAGUUCAGUGACUGCAGCUCUGCAAGAAAUGGAGGCGACUUGGGCCUGUUUGGCCGAGGUCAGAUGCAGAAGCCGUUUGAGGACGCCUCCUUUGCCCUCAAGGUGGGCGACAUGAGUGGCCCGGUUUUCACAGAUUCAGGUGUUCAUGUCAUCCUGCGCACAGGAUAAGAGGAGACUGCCCACAGAUGUUCAGACAGAUAUAAACAAAUUACAUACACACACCUCCCACACGGUUGUGAGCAGACAUAUGCACAUCUCCCAUAAACAUGUAUAUGUGUAUGUAAGCAAAUGACAUGCACCUCCCAUACACACGUGUACAUGGACAAAAAAAAGACAUGCACCUCACACAAACACUGAUGUAUAAAACGACAUACACCUCCCAUACACACCUACACGUGGAUAUAAACAGACAACGUAUAUGUACCUCCGAUAUACACACUCACACGGAUGUAAACAUACACACACCGCCCACAGAUAUGCAGUUGGAGACACACACCAAUAUACAGGCCGAAGACACACACUUGCAAAUACAGCUUCUACAGUCCAUCCAGUCUCACUUCUGCCUCUUUACUGCCAUUGUCUUGACUUUUCUCUCAGACUCACUCUCUUUAGCAACCUGCUUUUUUCCCCUGGCAUCACAUUUGCCCUUAUUUGGUCCAACUCACCCCCCCAGACAUGUCUGUGCUCCACCCUUAGGUGCAUGUAUGACCAAGCCAGGAAUUGUUGCGGUAUGGGCUAUGGUGGCAACUUUGAGAACCUUAAUCUAUAUGAAGAUGGUGAUGAUGAUGAUGAUGCACAAUAAAGACAAACUCUGAACUGACAUAAAAUCCUGACCCACAGUGGUGACUCUGCUUGGUGGCAACUGGCUGUUGCUGUGCAGCCUCUCUGGAUGUGUAUGCUGAUUGAGAGAACUAAGUUAUGUGUGGUGGUGUGUAGCUCAGGGGCUCAUGGAUCUGUGCCCAUGUCUGAAACGUUGUGGGUUCAGAUCUUGUAGCCGGCAGAAUAAUCAUAUCACCACUGGGGCCUUGAGCAAGGGCCUUAUAUGUUCUGUAGCCCUAAGCAUUCCUCAACUGUACACCUCUGUGUACAAAGCAUCCAAUAAACUUAUGUAGUUUGGUGGUGAA